UCAGGCCAGUUUUCCACUUAAUUCCCCAAGGAGACCAAAAUGAGCCGGCCAUAGGAGACUCAAGAGCAGCAGCAGUUAUCCCCAAACACGUAAUCCCCCAGAGAAACCGAGAAAACCCGAGCAAACCCAGAGAAAUCCUUCAGCUGCCAGUUAAAAGCAAAAAAAAACUCAAGGUAAACUGUAAGCACGAGUGUGGAGAAUGGUCAGAAAGCAAGUUGGAAUCGAACACAGCGCCUCCUUAGCAGUAAGCACGCAGCAGGAUCAAAGGGAGCAGGACUUUAAGCGAGAGGAUCAGAAGCCGCAGGAUCAGCAGCAGCAGCACAUCGACAUCGACUUGAGCCCGAACUUCGCCCAGCAGGCGCAGGCCACCUACUCCACCGCCCGCACCCGCACCCUCGCCAACAGCCAUGAUCUCGGCCAGACGACGACUCUCGGCCUGCAGCAUGCCCAUCUCGUUAGCAACCCCUCGCCCUACGACCUGCUCGAGGUCGCCAACUCCGGCCAAAUCCUGCCCACCGAGAUACCCAUCGAGGACGAGGAGCGGCUGGAGAAGAUCUUCAACAAGCUGGACCGCGACGGCGACGGCAGGAUCGACAUCCACGACCUCUCGGCGGCGCUGCACGAGUUCGGUUUGUCGAGCGUCUACGCGGAGAAAUUCCUUCAGCAGUCGGACAAGGAUCAGAGUGGCAACGUGGGCUUCGCCGAGUUCCUGCACUACGUGCGGGAGCAUGAGAAGAACUUGGUGCUGCAGUUCUCGCACCUAGACAAAAACCGUGAUGGCAAAGUUGACCUGGAGGAGCUGAUUUCGGCAUUCAAGGAUUUGGGCCUGGACAUUGACUUGGACGAGGCCAGGAAUCUGCUCACCAGAAUGGACAAGGACGGCAGCCUGAACAUUAGCUUUAACGAGUGGCGAGACUUUAUGCUCCUGGCGCCCUCCACGGACAUUCACGACUUGAUUAAAUUCUGGCGGCACUCUACUUACCUCGACAUUGGCGAGGAUAUGAAUGUACCUGAUGACUUCACACAGAAAGAGAUGCAGACGGGCCUCUGGUGGCGACACUUGGUGGCGGGUGGCAUAGCUGGAGCGGUUUCCCGGACAUGCACAGCGCCGCUGGACAGGAUUAAGGUGUACUUGCAGGUACAAACGCAAAGAAUGGGAAUCUCAGAGUGCAUGCACAUCAUGCUGAACGAGGGCGGAUCGCGGAGCAUGUGGCGAGGCAAUGGCAUUAAUGUGCUCAAGAUUGCCCCCGAAACGGCCUUCAAGUUUGCCGCCUACGAGCAGAUGAAGCGACUGAUCCGCGGCGACGAUGCCAGCCGGCAGAUGAGCAUUGUGGAGCGUUUCUACGCGGGCGCAGCGGCCGGCGGAAUUUCACAGACCAUCAUCUACCCCAUGGAAGUAUUAAAGACGCGCCUGGCGCUCAGGAAGACGGGCCAGUACGCGGGCAUUGCCGAUGCGGCGGUGAAGAUCUACAAGCACGAGGGAGUGCGCAGCUUCUACCGUGGCUAUGUGCCGAAUAUUCUGGGCAUCCUGCCCUAUGCCGGCAUCGAUUUGGCGGUCUACGAGACACUCAAGAGACGAUACAUUGCCAAUCACGAUAACAACGAGCAGCCCAGCUUCCUGGUGCUCCUGGCCUGCGGCAGUACGUCGAGCACACUCGGACAGCUCUGCUCCUACCCGCUGGCCCUGGUGCGCACUCGGCUACAGGCACAAGCCGCCGAAACAAUUGCCAAUCAAAAGCGGAAAACGCAAAUACCCCUCAAGAGCAGCGACGCGCACAGCGGCGAGGAGACGAUGACGGGCCUGUUCCGCAAGAUCGUGCGGCAGGAGGGUCUGACGGGGCUGUACCGCGGCAUCACGCCCAACUUCCUCAAGGUCCUGCCGGCGGUGUCCAUCAGCUACGUGGUCUACGAGUACACGAGUCGCGCCCUGGGCAUCAAGAUGUCGUGAGAUGUCUGUCCCAAUCUCGCUCCGAUCAGGUUAACUCGGCAACGGCCCCGCUCUGCAGGGCGGAUCGGGCUGCGGCCGGGGAUGCGCUGUGCUCCAUUUUGUAUAGUAGUAGCGAUAGGUUAGGUCGGCGCCACUCGCCACUCGCUCUCUGCUUUCCUUAAGUGUAAAACAGCAGGCCUCUUCCAUGUUCUGGGUUAUCCUUUCUAAGUUUCUAUAGUUGAAUUAGUUUGGUUAUUUUCUUAAAAUACAAAAUAAGUGAUACUAUGGCUAAUUUAUUUAUAAAUGCGAAUGAGAAAAUGUUACAUUUUGGCGCGUGGCAGACGUGAGCUAAUCCCACACAUUUCUUAGGCUAUCCUGCGACCUAUAUGUAGGUUUAGGCCACUCUAUCUCUUAAGUGCUAAUUUAUUUACAAUUGUACGUAGGCUACUUCGGGGCAAUCAUCCUCGGUAAACUGCUAUAAAAAAAAAAAACAAACACAUACCAAAAACGGAACCGGCUUCGAAAAGUUUCACGGGUUUUCAGUUUGUUGUCCCAUUUGACUGCUUUCGAAAGCGAAAUAGCGUAAAUCAGAGUGAGCGAGGCAGGCUGAAUGAUGAUGAUGAUGUGAGGGAAUCAGAAAGCUAAUCGACGGAUAUUCGGCAGCGUUUUAAGCUUAAACACAAAAGACAUUAAAACUACGAUGUACUCGUUUUUGCUUAGAUUAAUGGAUUACACAAAAUAAUGAGAAACACUUAACGUUUACAAUGUGAUGAUAAUAGUUUAUAAUAUACACAUAUACAUAUACCUACUAUAAUACCGACUUGUAAGCUUCGGAGCUGUGUCGCAGUCUUGAACAAGUUCGGCGGCGAGGCUGAAAUUUUGUAGCAUUUUAUUUGUUAAGUUUAGUAACACUUUCUCUUAGAUCGUAUUGCAAUUGAAGCCAACGAGAUUAAUUGUGACUAAAGCUAACAAACAAAAAACAAACACAACAACCCCACAACCCACACACCAUGUAAUUUAUUUUAUAUAUCAUGUGAAUCUGAACCCGAACGCAAAACCGACCAAUCUUAAGUUCAAUCCUAUUUUAUAUACAUUGUAACGGUUCUGAAUUUAAAAGUAUAUGUAUAAUUUGUACCCUACUCUUAAUUAGCCAAUUGAAUUUUGUACGUCUUUAGUGAAAAUAAUGACUCUAAAUAUGAUUUUUCAUUAUCCCAAAAUAUGCUCUACCACAGCACCGCAUUUUAAUGAAGUCUAUCGAAGUAUAAAACAUUUCAAUCAUUUGACCUAUUUAAAUAAUCUUGAUCAUUGAAACCAUGCAAUCAUUAUUCGAGCAAAUAAAUACAAGAAUUAAAAUAAAAUUA